AAAGACAUGUCUGGCAUUAUCUGCCUUUAUCUGACUUUGCUCCUUUCGCACAAGGCCGUGCGGCAGAGGUUGUUCAGGAAAUAAGCGAGUAAAGUUAGCAAACGCAAUGGAGACAAUAUUCAGUGUAUUCGGACUGGAGUGGAUGGACGGCACGAGUAUUUUGCUAUUUCUCUGUGUUUUCCUGUUACUGGCUGAUGUUUUGAGGAACAGAGUGCCGUCAAACUUUCCUCCUGGUCCGUGGGGUCUUCCUUUUGUUGGUGACCUGCAUCGCAUCGACCCCUCCAGACUACACCUGCAGUUCAAGGAGUUUGCAGAGAAAUAUGGAAAGAUUUUCAGCCUUCGUCUCUUUGGUGGAAGGAUUGUGGUCAUUAAUGGUUACAAGCAUGUGAGAGAGGCCCUGGUCCAAAGAGGAGAGGACUUCGCAGACCGACCCGUCGUACCACUUUUUGAACGUAUAAUUGGGAAUAAAGGUCUGGUAAUGUCAAAUGGCAAUCCAUGGAAGCAGCAGAGGAGAUUUGCUCUCCACACACUCCGAAACUUUGGUGUUGGCAAAAAGAGCCUGGAGCCAUCCAUCCAGGAGGAGUGCCAGUAUCUCACUGAGGCUUUUGCCCUUCACAAAGGCAAGCCUUUUAAUGUGCAGUCACUGAUACACAAGGCUGUGUCCAACAUCAUCUGCUGCCUGGUGUUUGGGGAACGCUUUGAGUACACUGACAAGCAGCAUGAGGAUAUUCUUCAGAUCAUUAAUGAUGCAGUAGACGUACAGGGAAGCUUUGGGGUACAGGUUUAUAACACAUUUCCCUGGUUGAUGAAGUGGCUGCCUGGACCUCACCAGAGGGUAUUCACUUCGAUACAAAUGUUAUUGGAUUUUGUUGAAAUCAAGGUCAAAGAACACAGAGAAAGUUUCGACCCGUCCUCACCAAGAGACUACAUUGACUGUUUCCUCACUGAGAUGGGAGAGAAGGAGGAUGAAGAAUCUGGCUUUGAGUUGAAGAAUUUGGCUGUUUGCACUAUGGACCUGUUUGGUGCUGGAACUGAAACUACUACCACUACCUUACGCUGGGGAUUGCUGUACAUGAUCUACUACCCUGACAUACAAGAGAAAGUCCAGGCUGAGAUAGACACUGUCAUUGGUUCAUCCAGGCAGCCCUCUGUUUCUGACAGAGAAACCAUGCCCUACACUAACGCGGUCAUCCAUGAAAUCCAGAGAAUGGCAAACAUCACUCCCCUCAACGUGGGCCACAUGACAAGCAAGGACACGACACUCGACAAGUACACAAUUCCAAAGGGCACCAUUGUAAUGCCGACACUGGACUCUGUUCUCCAUGAUGAAUCAAUGUGGGAAACUCCACACUCCUUUAACCCUCAACAUUUUCUGGACCAGGAUGGCAAAUUUCGGAAGAGAGAGGCCUUCCUUCCUUUUUCAGCAGGUAAGCGUGUGUGUCUCGGGGAGCAGCUGGCCAGGAUGGAGUUAUUCCUCUUUUUCACCUCCCUCCUUCAGAGGUUUUCUUUCUCGGCGCCUGCUGGAGAGCAGCCCACUCUGGAGUUCAAGUUAGGAGCAACUCGUUUGCCCAAACCGUACCGCCUCUGUGCUGUAACACGAUGAAACACCAGCUGUCCCGAAUUGAGCCAUUUCUGUUUCACAGCACAAUGAAUCACUGUGUUUCAAUACAUUUAUCUUCUAACACAUGAAGACUAUCUUCUAUAUUCUUUUCCUGUAGUAAGUAAAGCAUAAUUUCUUUAUUUUGUUCCUCUCAAUUAGCAGGCCUUUAUAUUUUUAAUAUGAUUUACGGAAUUCAAACAUGCAUUUAAACCAUUUAAAACAUUCUAGUUUCUCAAUAAAUCCCUGGUAACUGCAUUCUUACCUUCCUUUCCUCUGCUUAGAGGAUUUCUCAGAUUUGCUGAAACUUGAUGUGCUUGUAAAUAAAUCAUUCUGAGAUUUC